GCGCCGCACCUGUCCGCCGCACCUGCCCGCUCACCGCCGAGCCACCUCGCCGACUGCCAAGGCCACUUUGGGGACUUCCAGUACCCAGGACCCGGCGCACACCGUCCCUCCGCCUUUUGUCCGCGUAGGGUGCGGGGAACGCCGGAGGGGACCGCCUGGCCGUCGCCGGAUCGCUUUUUCGACCACUAGUCUCCGGGCGCAGCUGUGAGACCCUUGCCCCGCCUGAAGGAUCGAUUCGUGGGUUUUUUUAUUUCCCGAGUGACAAAAAGAUCUGGUCACUCGAUCCCAAACUUUGGGUGACCCGCCGCUUUCUGUGGGGCUGCCCCCCCGAGGUGGGUUUGCUUUACCGCAGGGUCGCCCGCCCGGCGUCCCCAGGCCUUUCUGAGGGCGAAGAUGGCCAAUUCGGGCCUGCAGCUGCUGGGCUUUGCCUUGGCCCUGUUGGGCUGGGUGGGCCUGGUGGCGUGCACCGCCAUCCCGCAGUGGCAGAUGAGCUCGUACGCGGGCGACAACAUCAUCACGGCCCAGGCCAUGUACAAGGGGCUGUGGAUGGACUGCGUCACGCAGAGCACCGGCAUGAUGAGCUGCAAGAUGUACGACUCGGUGCUCGCCCUGCCGGGUAAGGCCGCGGGGCCGACGGGGCGGACGCGCCCGGGAACGAGGGCCCCGACUCCUAAGGGGCGGCAGGUCUGGCUCCCCUCCAGGAAAGGCCGGUUUCUGACCCCCACCCCCUCUCUCCAUAGGUACGAGUUCGGUCCCGCCAUCUUCAUUGGCUGGGCCGGGUCUGCCCUGGUCAUCCUGGGGGGUGCGCUGCUCUCUUGCUCCUGUCCCGGGAGUGAGAGCAAAUCUGGGUACCGCGCACCCCACUCCUACCCCAAACCCAACUCUGCCAAGGAGUACGUGUGACCUGGGACCCCCUGGGCCGGCCUGGCAGCCUACCGUGCGCCCAGGUAGCUGAGCCGGCCGUGGGCGGGGUGCGAGCAGAGCAGAGGCCCGGCACCCCUGCGCCCGCACAGUGUACAGUUCCCCCUUGGGGGUUGGGUGAGGGACACAAAAAGGGGAGGGUGUGCUUUUUGUACAGGAAUAAAAAAGUAAGUUUUGGAAAGUA